GCGGAAGCGGGCGGAAGCGGCCGCUCUCUCUCCUCUCUCUCUCCGCUGCCCGGCCGCCAUCAUGGGUCGCAUGCACGCUCCGGGAAAGGGCUUGUCCCAGUCGGCCUUGCCCUACAGGCGCAGCGUGCCCACGUGGCUGAAACUUACUUCUGAUGAUGUAAAGGAACAGAUCUACAAGUUGGCUAAAAAGGGCCUGACUCCCUCYCAGAUUGGUGUGAUCCUGAGGGAUUCUCACGGUGUUGCCCAGGUUCGAUUUGUAACUGGCAACAAGAUUCUGAGAAUCCUUAAAUCAAAGGGACUGGCCCCAGACCUCCCAGAGGAUCUUUAUCACUUGAUCAAGAAAGCAGUUGCUGUUCGCAAGCAUCUUGAGAGAAACAGAAAGGAUAAAGAUGCCAAGUUCCGCCUGAUUCUGAUUGAGAGCAGGAUCCAUAGGUUGGCUCGCUACUACAAAACCAAGAGAGUGCUGCCACCCAACUGGAAGUAUGAAUCAUCGACAGCUUCUGCCCUGGUCGCAUAAGAGCUGGCUGUGACUUCCUGAAAGAAUAAAUUUUCGUUACCUGA